GAAACUGUCAUCUGAACUUUGUGCCAAAAUUUAAAUCCAAACAAACCUUUAACCGUUAAAAUCAACUCGCCUCCGCACAGCCGUCGGCAAGACCCCCGGCGAAGAGAUUGCCGGACUCUAUCACUUCAAUCAUUCGGCACCUCAAAUUUUCUGCCUGAGAUUCUACACUUAUCGAACACUGAUCAGGCUCUUCAGUUGCAAUAAAUAGCGAAGAAGCGAAAAAGAAAGCGAAGUGAAGAUUGUGAAAUGAGGAAGCGAAGUGAAUCAGUUGCAGAUGAAUCCGAGUUUCCGUUCUCGAUAUCCGUGCCGCCAUCACUAGCUGUAAGCACUGUCCACACUUCUCCAGAUGAGUGGAGAGGUUGCAGGUGUAAGCAUUCAAAAUGCCUUAAGUUGUACUGCGAGUGCUUUGCUUCUGGAACAUAUUGUGAUGACUGUGGCUGCAAUAAUUGUCGAAAUAAUUUUGAAAAUGAAUCUGCAAGACAAGAUGCAAUUAGUUUGACCUUGGAGCGAAAACCAAAUGCUUUCAGGCGUAUGGCUGGUCAGCAUCUAAUUUUGAAUGCCGAGGAUCCUGCAAAAACUGUACUGGUGGAGGGAUGCAACUGCAAGAGAUCAAGAUGCCUCAAGAGGUAUUGCAAUUGCUUCCGAACCAACAGCUUGUGCUCUGAAAAGUGUAGAUGUAUGGACUGCAAUAAUUUUGAAGGAUGCGAAGAGAGGUUGGCUUCUAAUAAUGGGAAAGAUGCUAGUAUUUUUACAAAGGUUGUGCAGGCAAAUAUUGUAAUACAUGGCGAAGUUGAGCACUCUAGCUAUAGUUCAUUUCAAAAUUGCAUAAACAGGAAUGAUCAGAAUUUGCAAAGCCUAAACAAGGAGGACCCGUCAACUUUUGAAGCUGUACAAAUUCAACAGCCUCCUGCACCUGCAACAAUGGACUCUUCUAAGGUGGCCUACAGAUCUUUGUUAGCUGGCCUCAUCCAACCAGGUGACAUAAGAGAACUUUCAGCGCAUUUAGUAGUUGUCUCUGAUGCAACCAAAUUUUUCAAAGCAAAAUAUUAUUCCACCAAUAUGCGAACGGUGGGAGAAAGCCAGAUGGGUAUAGUUGAUUCACUUGCAAACCAAGAUGUGGAGAUCUCUUAUGGACUUUUGGACCUCAACCCCAAAACAAAAUACAAUUUUCAUGGAAAACUUGUUGAUUCCGGAUCCACUGAUACUGAUCAACAGAAUGGAAAGCCAGUAUCUCAUGGAACAGUUGAGCUGAUGUGUGAUGAGCAAGCUUCACUGUUUAAUCAUAAUACUACUCCAGAUAUGAUUCUGGACUAUGGCUGCAAUGCAGAUGUACAUGCACAGCAGGAAAGGCUCGUGUUAAGACACUUUUGUGAUUGUCUUAUGAAGCUCAUUUGUCGUGGAAAAGCAAAAGAAAGGCAAGUUAUGAUGUCACUUCGCUUUGAUACAGAUGAUCAGCAUGAGCCUGUUGUCUUGGAUCAUGAAGAGGAACUAUGAGUAAACCAGAGAUUUGGGAAAUGAAAUCAUAGACACCAGAAGCUGUUACUGGGAAAAUGAUGCAAGUCCUCAAACUUUUACUGUUUUAGUGACUUGUAGGUGAAGCAUGAGAAGUAAAAUUUGCUUUGCUAACUUGAAUACCAAGCCUCAAUCUUUCUGUCAAAAGUCUUGCAUACUGAAAAGUAUGGACUAGGUUAAUCAUACAUACUGAAAAGAAUUUAGACAGAUGUAACUAAAAUAGUUAGCGAUAUUGAUACAAGAUGCUGUGUUGUCUAGUUCUGCACUUAAUUUCUGGGUCUGGAAACAUGCGUUCUUAUGGAACACUUUUCAUACA